AUGAUCUACCUUGUUUUUUGUCUCUCAAUAUUGUCCUUAACAAAUUCUGUUGUUAUUGUUAAUCGUCGUAUUGUAUAUCAUUUAAAUGCUUCUUAUGCUCAAAAUUCUUCAUCAAUUGUUCUUAUUAAUAAUCAAAUGCCAGCUCCAUUAAUUGAAGCUGAAUUAAAUGAUAUUUUAGUUAUUCAUGUUACAAAUAAUUUACCAGAAAAUCAAAGAUUUGUUAUACAUUUUCAUGGUAUGCAUGUUCGACAAACUCCACAAAUGGAUGGAGUUGCCUUUGUAACUCAAAUGCCAAUUGAAAGUCAACAAUCAUUUACAUAUGUAAUGCGUGCAUAUCCAGCAGGUACAUAUUUUUAUCAUUCACAUGCUGGUUUACAAUCUGCUACUGCAUUUGGUGCAUUAAUUGUACAUGAUAGACGACAAGAUUGGAAUACAACUGAAGUAUCAACAGGUCCAUUACUUUUUUCUGAUCUAUGGUUUUCACCUGAUCGUAUUACACAAGAAAAUGGUCUAUUAGCAUCUCCAUUUGUUUGGCAAGGUGAACCAACAUAUUUAUUAAUAAAUGGUAAACGUGAUUUUGUUUUAACUGUUGAUCCUGGAAAAAAAUAUUUAUUACGAUUAAUUGGUUCAACAACAUUAUCAACAGUUGUUUUUGGUAUUGAUGAACAUCCAAUGACAGUUGUUGAAGUUGAUGGUACAUUAGUUCAACCGAAAGAAAAUGUUCAAUCAAUUGAACUUUCAUCUGGACAAAGAUAUGGAGUUAUAAUUGAAACAAACAGUCAAUCAAAAGGAAUAUUUCUUAUGCAAUUAGCUAUUCGAUGGAGAACAUUAGUCAAUGGUUCUAGUUGCACUGGUAUAUUACGUUACAGUACAUAUAUAUCUGCACUUCCAACAAAUUUAUCUUCUCUUGCACUUCCAGCAUUAGCAACAAAUGAUGAAUUACGUUUAUUUGCAUUUAACAAUCCAUAUCAAAACUUCCUCAGUAUUAAUCAAAUGCCAGCACGAGCAGCAGAUAGGGAAAUAUUUUUUUAUACUCUUCAAGCUCACACAUCCGAUGGUUUAGGUAUGCGCUGGUUGAUAAAUAAUGCAUCAUUAGAUGAAUAUCGUUUAUUAAAGCUAACUCAACCAUUAAUAUAUGAUAUUUAUAAUGGUUUUGAAUCAAAUCUUCCAAGUGACGUUACAUAUACAAUAAAACAAAAUCAAUUAAUCGAUAUUGUCUUUCAAAAUACUGUUGCAACAAAUGGUGUUUGUGAAACACAUCCAUUUCAUUUACAUGGACAUAAAUUUUGGGUACAUUCACGAGGUACUGGUAUGUAUACUUCAUCAUCUACACAAACUCCUGAUACAGAUAAUCCAGUUUUACGUGAUUCAUUAACACUUUAUGCUAGUUCAUAUGAUAAUUUAUCACCAAAUCGAUCAACAACUAAUUAUUUACAACCAUGCGGUUGGAUUAAAAUACGUUUCUUAGCUGAUAAUCCUGGUUUAUGGUUAUUACAUUGCCAUAUUGGUUCGCAUUUAUUCAUGGGCAUGGCUGUUUUAAUAAAAGAGGAUACUGAACAUUUAUGCAUGAAUUUUUUAUCACAAAAUUAA